UUUCCUGUCAUUUAUUCAUCAUACAAUGAUAAUCAACUUUGCUGCAAAAUUUUUAUUUGCAUCAUAUUUAUAAAGAUUUCUCGCAAACUUUUUAUUUUCCUUUCAUUGCUAAAUCUCCAUUGAAUUGAAACUGAACUGAGAAGGAGAAACAGCUUCCAUUUACAUUAGGCUGGUAAGGUGGCACAUUGUUCUUGAUGAAUAUUUCCAGCAGUGCAAUAUGCGUUUUGUUGGACCAAACUCUAGGGAAAAGGUAGACAGAAUAACCAAUAGAGGAAUCUUUUCCAGGGAUUGUAAUGCAGAAUAUAUGAGGAUAUUAGAGGAUCUUCGAGCUUUGAAAUCAACAAUGGUGAAGAUUUGAUCUUUUGGUUUUCCCCUUCUUACAUGGGCCUCUUGUAACUUCAAUUAACAGGGGUCAGUUGGGCAGAUGGGACAUCGUUGGACCAAGGUGACUCGUUCAAAGCAAGCUGUGUACAAGGCCAAAAAGAAUGCUUUUGAUUUCUUGCAGUUCUUCAAAUGUCAUAAUAAAGAUUGUAAGGAUCAUCAGGCUCGGUGUGUGGGGCUUGCCUGCAGAAACGUUCACCAUAUAACUACCAUUCAGAGCUGGGAGGCAAAACUAACAGAAGCAACCAGGGAUGGAAAGAUACUUGUUGCAAAUUUCAGUACACUAUGGUCUGGUCCUUGCAGAUCAAUAGCACCAACCUACUGCGAGCUUGCAGAUAAAUACUCUUCUCUCAUGUUUCUAACUGUGGAUGUCGAUGAGCUUGCUGAGUUGAGCACUUCGUGGGAUAUCAAUGCUACUCCGACUUUCUUUUUUCUUAAAGAUGGACGGCAGGUGGAUAAAUUUGUAGGUGAUGACAAGGUAGAACUCCCAAAGAAGAUAGCAGCAAUUGCAAAUGUGGCAAGCAGGUGUUGAGUUGACACCAUAGGUUUUUUCUAGCUAGCUCUCAGCAAAAUACUUGUUUCCUAGUUCCUGCAUGUAAUUACAGUUUGAACAGCACUUGCAAUAGAUGUCUUGGUUACAGAAAAUUUUAAAUUUAAAAAUGAAAAAAUGAUUUCCCCAAACAAUUAUAUGCAGAAUUUGAACCUCUGCUCUGUGAAGAAAUAGUUAGUAAUAUGAAAGGAAGCAGGAAAGUUUGGAGUA